GAUCUCACACGCGCGCGCACCCGAACCGAUCAUUAGAACGAACUGUGUUGCUUGCGUUCGGUACACUGGAUUAUUUCGCCGAUAUUGCCGCGCGUCGGUGACCACAGCCAGGGACACGAUGCCACGGGAGAUGAUUACGCUUCAGCUGGGCCAAUGCGGCAACCAAAUUGGCUUCGAAUUUUGGAAGAAGCUAUGCGCCGAGCACGGCAUCAGCCCAGAGGGUGUCCUGGAAAGCUUCGCAACUGACGGCAUCGACAGGAAGGACGUCUUCUUUUACCAGGCCGACGAUCAACACUACAUCCCUCGAGCGGUACUCCUAGACUUGGAACCUCGAGUGAUCAACACGAUCAUGAACUCUCCGUACGCGAAACUGUACAACCAGGAAAACGUCUACCUCUCGCAAUCUGGAGGCGGUGCUGGAAACAACUGGGCCGUCGGUUACUCGCAGGGUGAACGUCUUCAUGAGGACGUUUUUGACAUCAUAGACAGGGAAGCCGACGGCAGUGACUCCCUAGAAGGCUUUGUGCUUUGCCACUCAAUCGCUGGUGGCACGGGCUCUGGGAUGGGCUCGUACAUUCUUGAACACCUAAACGACAGGUUCCCAAAGAAGUUGAUCCAGACAUACUCGGUGUUCCCGAAUCAGGACGAGAUGAGCGACGUGGUGGUCCAGCCCUACAACUCCCUGCUCACCCUGCACAGGCUCACGGAAAAUGCAGACUCUGUUGUCGUCCUCGACAACGCUGCUCUCAACCAGAUUGCGGUUGACCGGCUGCACAUUGAAAACCCGUCUUUUGCACACAUUAACACGCUGGUGUCGACAAUCAUGUCUGUCAGCACGGCCACCCUGCGGUAUCCCAGCUACAUGAACAACAACCUAAUCGGUCUCGUGGCACCCCUGAUUCCAACGCCGAAGCUUCACUUCCUGAUGACGGGUUAUACGCCUCUCACGACUGACCAUGAGGCGCCCAGUGUACGCAAGACAACUGUGCUCGAUGUGAUGAGGCGGCUGCUGCAGCCGAAAAACAUGAUGGUAUCUAUCGGUCAUGACCGUACGGCCAGCCAUUGCUACAUCAGCAUCCUCAACAUCAUCCAGGGCGAGGUGGAUCCAACACAGGUACACAAGAGUCUACAAAAGAUCCGUGAGCGCAAGCUGGUGCAGUUCAUUCCCUGGGGCCCUGCCAGCAUCCAGGUGGCGCUGUCCCGCAAGUCACCGUACGUCCAGACACAGCACAGAGUCAGCGGCCUUAUGCUUGCCAACCACACGGGCAUCACCUCGGUAUUUGGCUGGUUUUUUUGCUACACAGCUCUUGCUUAAUGCUCGCGUAUUAUUCAUACUCUCACUUUUGUAACUCCUUUUAUACCUGUCGAUGUA